GCCCCCGAGUUCGGAACCAUCCCGGGUUCCUGCCUGCACCGCGAACACGAGUACAUCCCGGACCACUUCGGGGAAAGGUGGAGGCAUACAGAGCAGCUUCCCCGCAGCCGUGUCGACGCAUUUCGGCACAUGGAUCGGUAUAGCGACCCCUUCGCCCAGCAGAGGAGCACCGACAUGCGCCCUGGUCCGAUGCGCGGCUGGGAGGACACUGGCUUUGGCGAUAGGCCCGAUGCCGGACGUUGGGACCCGUUGCCUGGUGGAGAGCCGGACUUCGGCCUCCCUCGGCCGACCGGGGCCUCAGAGCCAACCCGCGUGGGCCGAUGGAGGCAGCCUCAGCCUCAGCCCAGCCCAAUGCAGCCCGGCUCCUUCGCUUCCUACACGCAGCCUGAGAUGCACAGGCCGUUCCAAGCUCCACCGAGCAUGACAGAGGCUUGGAACGACAUUGGCUUUGGAUCAGCCUGGGAGGCUCGCAAAGACCUGCCGCACUCUUUUGGUCUUGGUAUGCCCCCAGAGGCCAGGAAAGGACCCCCGUCCGCGAUGGAUCCCCGCUUCGGGACCGCUCCGGCAGAG